AUGAGCGCCGUCCCGCUCCCGCUCCCGCUCCCGGGGGCCCGGGCAGCCGGCCUUCCCCUUGGCGUCCUGCUCCUGCUCGCGCUCUGGCUGCACCAAGGUGUGGCAGCCAAGGAGCUGAAGUUUUCCACGCUGGUUUUCAGGCAUGGAGACCGAAGUCCCAUUGGAACCUUUCCUAAUGACCCCAUUAAAGAGUCCUCAUGGCCACAAGGAUUUGGCCAACUCACUCAGCUGGGCAUGGAGCAGCAAUAUGAACUUGGAGAGUAUAUAAGGAAAAGAUAUGGAAAAUUCUUGAAUGAAUCCUAUAAACAACAACAGGUUUAUAUUCGAAGCACAGACAUUGACCGGACUUUGAUGAGCGCUAUGACAAACCUGGCCGCCUUGUUUCCCCCAGAAGGUAUCAGCAUCUGGAAUCCCAAACUACCCUGGCAGCCCAUCCCAGUGCACACAGUCCCUCUUUUGGAAGAUAAGCUGCUGUACCUGCCUUUCCGGCACUGCCCUCGUUUUCAAGAGCUUCAGAGUGAGACUUUGAAAUCGGAGGAAUUCCAGAAGAGGCUGCACCCCUACAAGGAUUUUAUAGAAAAGCUGCAAAAACUUACAGGAUACCUCAACAAAGACAUUUAUGGAAUUUGGAAUAACAUCUACGACCCUUUGCUUUGUGAGGGUGCUCACAAUUUCACUCUACCCUCCUGGGCCACGGAGGACACCAUGGCGACGCUCAAAGAACUGUCGGAGUUGGCCCUCCUGUCCCUCUAUGGAAUUCACAAGCAAAAAGAGAAAAGCAGGCUGCAGGGGGGUGUCCUGGUCGGUGAAAUCCUCAGUCACAUGAAGAAAGCAACGCAGCCAUGGAACCACAGGAAGCUUGUCAUGUACUCUGCUCAUGACACCACUGUGAGUGGCCUACAGAUGGCGCUAGAUGUUUACAAUGGACUCCUUCCUCCCUAUGCCUCCUGCCACCUCAUGGAAUUGUACCUUGAGAAGGGGGAGUACUUCGUGGAGAUGUCCUACCGGAAUGAGACUGGCCGUGAGCCGUACCCCCUCACGCUGCCAGGCUGCACCCACAGCUGUCCUCUGACCAAGUUCGCUGAGCUGGUUGCCUCUGUGAUCCCCCAGAAGUGGUCUGAGGAGUGUAUGAUCACCGGCAAACAUCAAGUUCUACGGCUGGUCCUUGCCAUUGCCUUUUGCCUGGUGUCUGGUAUCCUAGUGGUGCUGCUAUUUACCCUUGUCCGCUACGGGCCCUGCUGGCAGAGAGACUCCUAUCGGGGCAUCUGAACAGGCAGCUGAAGGAGGACGUG